CAGCUCCCCCUCGGCCUCCUAACCGCCGCCCAAGGCAAGCCCAUGCUCGUCGAGCUCAAAACCGGCGAAACCCUCAACGGCCACCUCGUCGCCUGCGACACGUACAUGAACAUCACCCUGAAGGAAGUCGUGCAGACCUCCCCCGACGGCGACAAGUUUCAUAGAUUGGCGGAAUGCUACGUGAGGGGGAAUAAUAUCAAAUACCUCCGCGUCCCGGACGAAGUCGUCGAUGUGGUUAAGGACCAGCAGGCGAAUCAGCAGUCGCAGCGCGGAGGGAGAGGU